AUGGGGAAAGUGAAAAAUAUCCUCGAACCACUUGCGAUUGUUCUCGUCUUCACCGUCGGAACCCUCAUCAACAGACGCAAGAGCUCCAACAAGCUACGACUACCCAUCGGACCUGAGACCCCCUUGCUGAGAGAGGAAACAAGAGAAAGCGAUGCAUCCGAAGAUUCCAACCGGGAAGCCCGGACGGAGUCACGUUUGACGAUUCAGUCGCGGUUUUUGGCUUAUUUCCCAUUCUUGAUCGAGAUAUGGUACUGGUUGCUCACAUACUGGAUCUAUCAAGGGUUGCGGGCUGUUUCUGCGAGAGCAAUUGAUGGGCACACGGCCAUAUUUGACGGUGCUCAACAACAUGCCAUCCAGAUCCUCUCUGUGGAACGGUUUCUUCACAUCGACAUUGAGCUAUCCGUUCAACGGUUCGUGCUUAACCGAGCACCAUGGUUGAUGGAUAUCCUCGCCCAGAUCUACUACUCGCACAUUGCCCUGGGCGUCGUUUUUCUGGUUUAUUGCUACACCUGCCUCCCACGCGGCCAGUACCAGGGCAUUAGACGCACGUUGGCUCUCGAAAAUGCCAUCGCAUUCGUGAUAUUUACUGCGUGGCGAUGCUCGCCCCCUCGGCUGCUGCCCAAGGAAUACGGCUUCGUCGAUGUCCUACAUGACAACAAGUCCGGGUCUUCCUGGACGCACAAUAAAUUCCAGCUUACCAUCGCAGCGAUGCCGUCGCUGCAUUUUGGAAACUCGCUUUUCAUUGCGUUUUGUUUGAUCAGAUUCAGUCCGCACCGGAUUCUCAAGGUCAUUGCGCCUCUGUGGCCGAUGAUGAUGCUGACGACUAUCGUUGCGACGGCGAACCAUUUUAUCCUGGAUGCUGUGGUUGGGGCUUGUGUGAUUGCUGUCGCAUACAGGCUGAACCGUUUCAUUUUAAUCCUGCUGCCUGUGGAGAGAGUCUUGUUCAAAGUGCUCUGUCUUAAGAAACCCGAGGAGAUACAUGAAGAUUGCCAUCCUGAAUAG